AUGCGUAGCUUGCGACUAGCUAGAAACCAUUCGGCCUCUGACCAUGAAAGGCUUGUGUAUGAAGGAUGGAUACUGUAUGACACGGGUCAUCGCGAAGAAGCGCUAGCAAAGGCCGAGGAGUCCAUUUCAAUUCAGAGGUCAUUUGAAGCUUACUUUCUGAAAGCAUACGCCUUAGCCGAUUCAAAUCUUGAUGCAGAGUCUUCAACGAUUGUGAUCAAGCUCUUGGAAGAAGCACUUAGAUGUCCUUCAGAUGGCCUUCGAAAAGGACAAGCAUUGAAUAAUUUAGGGAGUGUCUACGUAGACUGCGACAAGUUUGACCUGGCAGCGAAUUGCUACAUGAAUGCGCUCAACAUCAAGCAUACACAAGCGCAUUAG